CCCCCGACCCCGCCACCACCUCCUGCGCUUGUCUCCCGAGGCGCCAGACGCCCCAACAGCUCCCAGAGUGAGAGCCCGGAGAGGCGACCGGACCUCUGAGGCCCCGCGCUCAGGACAGUUCUGCAUUUUUGCCUGAAAACAUGACACAUGUUUUUACCAUGAGCAAGCCCACCUAAUUACCCAAAUGUGUAUCAGAGUAAAAGAACAAGCUAUGAUAGCCACUGGUGGAGUGAUAACUGGCCUGGCCGCCUUGAAAAGGCAAGACUCUGCCAGAUCACAGCAUCAUGUCAACCUCAGCCCAUCACCUGCUGCUCAAGAGAAGAAACCAGUCAGGCGUCGGCCUCGGGCCGAUGUUGUGGUUGUUCGAGGAAAAAUUCGGCUUUAUUCUCCAUCUGGAUUUUUCCUCAUUUUAGGAGUGCUAAUCUCUAUUGUAGGAAUUGCAAUGGCAGUCCUUGGAUAUUGGCCCCAAAAAGAACAUUUUAUCGAUGCUGAGACAACAUUGUCUACAAACGAAACUCAGGUCAUUCGGAACCAAGGUGGUGUGGUGGUUAGCUUCUUUGAGCAGCACUUACAUUCUGAUAAAAUGAAAAUGCUUGGCCCUUUCACAAUGGGAAUUGGCAUUUUCAUUUUCAUUUGUGCUAAUGCCAUUCUUCAUGAGAAUCGUGACAAAGAAACCAAAAUUAUACACAUGAGGGACAUCUAUUCUACAGUCAUUGACAUCCACACGCUAAGAAUCAAGGAGCAAAAACAUAUAAAUGGCAUCUAUACCGGUUUGAUGGGAGAAACGGAAGUAAAACAGAAUGGGAGCUCCUGUGCUUCGAGACUGGCAGCAAAUACCAUUGCCUCUUUUUCAGGUUUUAGGAGCAGUUUUCGGAUGGACAGCUCUGUUGAGGAGGAUGAACUUGUGCUAAAUGAAAGCAAGAGUUUUGGGCAUCUUAUGCCACCUUUGCUCUCUAACAGUUCUGUCUCUGUCUUUGGCCUCUAUCCACCUUCUUCCCAGACAACUGAUGAUAAGACCAACGGCCCUAAGAAAUGUGAAACCAAGUCAAUCGUGUCGUCAUCCAUCAGUGCUUUUACAUUGCCUGUGAUCAAACUUAAUAACUGUGUUAUUGAUGAGCCCAGUAUAGAUAACAUCACCGAGGAUGCCGAGAACCUCAAAAGUAGGUCAAGGAAUUUGUCCAUGGAUUCCCUGGUGGUCCCUUUGCCCAAAACCAGUGAGUCCUUCCAGCCAGUCGGCAUGGCACUCCCACGGAAUAAUUCCAUUGGGGAGUCACUGUCAAGUCAGUACAAGUCCUCUGUGGCCCUUGGGCCUACAGCUGGACAGCUCUUGUCUCCUGGGGCUGCUAGAAGACAGUUUGGGUCCAACACAUCUCUGAAUUUGCUCUCGUCACAUUCAAAAUCCCUAGACUUAGACCGAGGUCCCUCCACCCUGACUGUUCAGGCAGAACAGCGGAAGCAUCCAAGUUGGCCUCGGUUGGAUCGAAGUAACAGCAAAGGAUAUAUGAAACUAGAGAACAAAGAGGACCCGAUGGAAAGGUUGCUUGUGCCCCAAGCUGUAAUCAAAAAAGACUUUACCAAUAAGGAGAAGCUUCUUAUGAUUUCAAGAUCUCACAAUAAUUUGAGUUUUGAACAUGAUGAGUUUUUGAGUAAUAACCUAAAGCGGGGAACUUCUGAAACAAGGUUUUAAUGUUAAAAAAUAUAUCAUUUUACAAGGCUAUAUAUUUUAAAACUAUUUUCACCAAUGUUACCUUGUCAAAGCAUUGGUUAUAAGCCUUUUUAAUCAAAUGGUUCGUAGUAUAUUAGGCCUGGCUGCUUAAUUCUGUGAUGGAGAUAGUUGUAUUUUGGGUUACUAAGAUUGUAGUACUCUAUAUUAUCACAUAUGAUUUUAUUUUUUCCAUUCUUUUGAAAGCAUGAUAUCUUUUAUUAAUAUGAAUACAAAAUUCUUUCAUCCAAAUUAAAGCUCCUUUUCUUUACCUUUAAGUUCUGUCAUUGAUGAUCAUAUUCAUAGAAUGAAGUGUCCAGUUCGGAAAAGUUAGGGUACCAAAGUGUGGAUUACAAUGACCAAAUUCAGGCCAAAGCCUCAAUAUAUAUCUCAAUAUAUAUUUAUAAAUGAGUGUGAGUGCAAAUCUUAAGUGUGAUUUUCUGAACUAUUACUUUUAUAUACGAUUGGUUAGAUUAUUUAAAAGGAAUAAGAUCUAGCUUCUGUGCGAGCUAAAUAAUAUAAAGUGGUUUAAUUCUGUGUGAGCUAAUUGAUAUGAAUUGGUUUUGUUGGUAGGUAAGUAGUAUUUUUUCCAACAUCUGUUCUAUUUUAGUGAUAUUUUCUUAAGAGACCAUGUAUUCAAGAGCCAUGGCUGAAGAUGCAAGAUAUUCUUAGGAGUAAAUAAUCAAAAUGUGAUCACCUAUAACUUUAGAUAUUCAGAAUCAAAGUUUCUUUGUGACUGACUUGAAAAAAUGAAUGGACCAAUUUAGUUUUUAGAAAUGCUACCUUGAAAUAAUUUUAUUCAUAAAGAAAAUGUUGACUAAUGAAUAAAAAUGCGUUAUAUGCUAGUUAAUGCUAAUUAGUCUUGGUACCUUUUGCUAGCCAUCUCUAUUAUCAUCCAGUAUCCACUCAUUCUUAUGUCCUUAUUUUCCUCCAAUAUAUUUUAGAUCUUGUUAUUUGGCAAAUAAUCAUCUAACCUUGACUUUUCUUUUUAUCUUUGCAUAUCACUAGCUUGGUGGUUCAAGAAAAUUUGGUCCUUGAUAAAUUGCCUUGAAAUAUACCUUGUGCUGGAAAGCCUUAGGAUGACUCCAAAGACUUUCAUAUGGCAUAAAACAGUUUCAGGAUUGUAGUUCUCAGUUAUUGAAGAUAAUAAAUAUUAAAAUGAUGUUUCCAUCAUAAAACUUUCAUGUUUUCCAUUAGGGUAACAUAAUUUUAAGAAUUGUUUAAUGGACUACUCAGGAAACUUUACAGGCUUUUUCCAAUGCCUAAACAUUUCUGAACAUCAGUAUUGCAGUUGUUGAAGAAGAGAAGAUAAAUUUCCAUUUGUUGGUCCCCACAAUUCCACCUUGUGUUGGUGUCACGAAUUUUCCUGAAUUGAGGCACAGUGUUAUUUGUUAGAACAUCAAGCCUGUGUAUAAUAGAGUGGGCUCAAUAUUUUACUACAUAGCAUUUAAUAAACCUCUGUUCUUAAUAGAAAUUUGUGUUCUUCAUACAUGUUAUUACUUUUUAAAUAAAAUGUAAAGUUCUGUUUA